AGCGAUAUCUUGGCCGAAGUGCUCGACACUGUUUAUGCUUUUGAUAUAAUCUCCAGACACUCAGCAGGGCUCAAACGGAGACGUCCCGGGCCAGUACAAUGGUGGCGGGACUGAAGAUUCAUCACGCUGAAGAAUACGAGCUGGGCAACACCGACGCCACCGCUGGACCGUCUUCACGCGUCCGAAACACCCAUGGAGGACACCGGAGCACCGGCUCAUCUUCCGUCUUGUUCGAUGUCAGCUCGUCUUCUCCGAGCGAUCAACGAGAUGCAGGUGCUCGGCCUUACUUAUCUCCUCGUAUCCUUCGACGACAAAGUCUCCCUCCGCCUCCUGAUUCACCUUUGACGCCUAAGAGAAGCUACCGUGCUCAGUUUCUAGAAGAUGAGGGGAUCGAUAUACCGAACAUUAGUGGAAUACUCGGACUGGAUGAUGACAAGGAUCGAUUCGCGGUAGCGACAGGGAUGUCAAGUGUGCCAAAGAAGAGAGUUUAUCUCUUGAUGGAGGAGCCUAGCAGCUCGCGAGAGGCAUUUUAUAUCCAUAUCUCUGUUACUGGGAUCAUUCUCUUCAGCGCUUUGUUGACCAUGCUGUCUACACUUCCGACGUUUCACACAGACCCCAUCAGUGCCAAGAUCUUGUUUGCCCUGGACAUUUUCCUUGUGCUCCUCUUCACGGCUGAGUUUGCCUGCCGAGUGUACGGCCAUAGCGAUUCAUGGACCCAGCUCAGGGACUGGCUCUGUUCGUUCUUGACAUGGAUCGAUCUCUCAGCCAUCCUUCCGUUCUACGUCGAACUGGCUCUCAAAUCCGACACCUCAGCCUAUAGAUGGAGUAUUCUUCGAGUGUUCAGACUGCUCCGAGUAUUCCGAUCGUUCAGUCAUUCCUCGUCCCUGCUGCUGACGAUGGAAGCAAUGUUCGUCGCUGUCAAAAAGUCCUCUAAUGCCCUUCUCUCCAUGGCUUUCUUCCUCAUCAUUGUCAUACUGACCUGGUCAGUCCUUGUUUGGACAGCAGAGCGAGGGGAAUGGGAUGAAAAUCUCCAGCUAUUCGUUUCGCAGAAUGGCGAGCCGUCCCAAUUUACCUCGAUUCCCAUCGCUGCGUGGUACGUUCUUACCACCAUAUCGACAACGGGUUAUGGCGAUUUCGUGCCAGUGUCCGCCGUCGGUAGAUUGUUGACCGUACCGCUUUUGGUAUUUGGGCUCUUGUUGCUGGCUCUGCCGUCAUUUGUCCUUGGUCGAAACUUUAGCAUAGUGUUCGAUGCCAUGGAACGCGAAAGACAUACCAUCCAUCGUCCUGGAGCCACCCGGACCCCGUCCAAUCGUUCAUCUGCCGAUGGUCCUGCCAUGACCAACUUACUGACUGAGACACCGACCAUCCGCAGACCAACUCCCAUUCCUGUUUCCAACCCCGCCGGGGAUGACAUUUCCAACAUAAAGCUAGCAAAGAAUCAGGUGGCUCUGAUGGACCAAAUCGAGGCGUUACGACGGACAUUGGAUCAACAGGGAGCUAUGCUGCGGUCCCUCGUCAGCGCCUUGGACGCGUCGAAGAGUCAGACGCCGAACGGGUACCCUCCGGGCGAUCAUCACUUGUGAUGAAUUGGAUGAUGGACUCGCAGUGUUUUGCCCGGGCGAUACAAGAUAUGAUUCGACGUCCAAGAGCUCUUUCACUGCUAUUGAUAUCAAGUUCGGCCAUUGCCCUGACCUCAUUAGCGCGGAUGAUUCGGCUCUCUGGUACAAAGAUCUAUGUGGUUGCAUGACGUCUAUAAUGAUGCAGGA